CCACUCAUUCUUGGUCGCCCAGUUUAAUCUUACAAAAACAUCUGUUGCAAUCAGAAUUCAACAUGAAUGUCCUGGUCUACUCUGGCGAGGGUACCUCGCGUAUAUCACUUGCUCAUACAGUUCGCUCACUGCGCAGUCUUGUUGGGCAGCAUUACGACGUUAUGAAGAUCGAUGCCAAAGGUUUGCUGACCGAGCCUUGGGAAGAGUCCACAGCACUGCUAGUUAUCCCGGGAGGACGCGAUAUCCCCUAUACCAAGGAUCUCAAUGGUGCUAUCAACCAAAAGAUCCAGGCAUAUGUACAGGGUGGUGGACGAUUCUGUGGAAUCUGUGCGGGAGCAUACUUUGCAUCUGAUCAUAUCGUUUUUCAGGUCGGUACUCCUAUUGAGGUCCAAGGGGAACGGGAGCUCAAGUUCUUUGCGGGCGAGUGUCGCGGAGUGGUGGUUCCUGGGUUCGUCUACGACUCGGAACAAGGAGCCAAAGCGGUAGAAAUUCAAUUGGACAGAGAAUUGCUUGCAACUCACAAGUUGGGAUUUAGCAGUACGCGAGUAUAUUUUAAUGGAGGAGGUUGUUUUUUGGACGCCGAAAAGUAUCCCGGAACACAAGUAUUAGCAAGAUACAGUGGGAGAAACGGAGAGGAAAGCCAUGGAGUGAAUGCACCUGCAAUAAUUAUCUGUCAAGUUGGGAAUGGCCUGGCGCUGCUGACUGGUGUUCACCUAGAGUAUGAUCCCGCUCACCUGGAUUCAGGUAAUCCCGAGUAUGGACCAUUGCCUAAUGUAGUAACCUGUUUACUUGAAAGCGAGAGAGAACGUACCUCGCUGCUGAGGAGUCUACUUACCAAGCUUGGGCUGAAGUUAACGCAUCCAGAUGCCGCGGAUACAUCAUCGUCAAUGGCCGAACAAGUCGAUACGAGCGCUAAUGGUGUAUUGCCUCCUGGUGCCAUCCAGGGGAUCCCAGAUCUGUCAUCGUUGUAUCUGGCCUCAAUCAACUCAAAUUAUACAGCAGAUUUGACUAAAAUAUUGAAAGGGUUAGCUACACCUGAAGGAUUGAUUAAAGAGCCCAAUGACACCUUUCAAUUGAUUGCUUCUCCACAGCAUACAGUUCCUGUUCAUACACCAACCCUCUCAGAGGCAACAGAAGGCGAGAGUGAAGAGAAGAUCAUUAAGAACCUUGUUCUCUGCCCAGAGCAGCCACCUGCGCCUUCCUUGACGCCCUAUUUCAACAUGGACAACUAUUUUAAGCAUCUGCAUUCAGUUCGUGGGCAAAAUAAAAUGAGUAGUUUCAAUAAUUUCAAAUUUGGCAACUCGCUCCUGUAUGGCCAAGUUGUCACGUCUACACAGACCAUGCUGGACAAGAAUUUCGCGCUCUGCCAACGCUUGCCCGAUGGAUUUGUGUGUAAUGCCACGACGCAGAUAGCAGGGCGAGGACGCGGCCGUAAUUCUUGGAUUUCGCCACCAGGAUGUCUGCAGUUUUCGAUGGUGUUAAGACAUCCUGUACAGGCACGUCAUGCCUCUGCGGUCUUUGUGCAAUAUCUGGUCGCUUUAGCCGUUGUGGAAAGUGUAUGCUCAUUGCCCGGAUAUGAGGGUGUUCCAUUGAAGCUCAAGUGGCCUAAUGAUAUUUAUGCAGAGGCGCCCUUAGAAGAGAACGAACAAGAGCAGCAGCAACAGCAACAGGGUGUCCUCCCCAAGAUGGUCAAGAUUGGAGGAGUUCUUGUUAACUCAAACUUUAGUGGAUCUGAAUUUUUACUAGUCAUUGGAUGUGGGGUCAAUACAACCAAUCCGAACCCAACGACUUCAAUAAAUCAUCUGAUUCGAUAUCAUAAUAGGGUGACAGGCAAGAAUUUAGCACUAUUCACACAAGAAUCGCUGUUGGCCAAUAUCCUUGUGAAGUUGGAGGAGAUGUAUAAUUUGUUCCUGCAUGGCAAUGGGACGGGUUUCGCACAGCUAGAAGAGCUGUAUUACAAGCGGUGGUUACACUCGAAUGCGUUUGUGACCCUGACAACAAUGACACCUCAUCAACGAGUGCGAAUCCAAGGUAUCUCAUUGGAUUAUGGGUUGUUGAGGACAAUUGCUGUAGAUGAUCAGGGUAGAGAUAUUCCAAACGAAGAACAUAGACUUCAGCCUGAUGGCAAUUCGUUUGAUAUGCUGAAAGGGCUUAUCUCCACCAAAGCAUAGAGAAGGCAUUAGAUAAAAAAAAAUGUUUCAGACGUUGCUUUACCAAAUUUGGAAACAAAGAAAUUAGUGGCGCAAUAAAAACCCUCUCCUGAG